AUGGAUGCCCCCAAGAGGUUCGACAAGUGCCCGCGCAUGCUGCUGUUCCGAACUCUGAAACGGCUUGAGGUAGAGUGGGAUGCAAAGGUCCUGGUAGGUUUCGAGAUUGAAUUCGUGCUCCUGGACGGGUCAAACAACGUCCUUCAGCCGAUAGAUCGGUUGAACGGCUACUCGAGAACCGCUGGGCUGCGCGGGGAAACAUUGAACUUGGUCGAGGAGAUAGCCGAAGCUCUCGAGGAGUCUUGCAUCAAUAUCCACCACUUUCAUGGGGGGGUCCAGGAUCAGCUGGAGAUUGCUCUUGCCCCUGAACCUGCACUGCAAGGCGUCGAUUCUCUUGUUUUGGCACAAGAGUCUAUCCGCACAAUAUGCGUACGUCGGAAUCUCAAGGCAACUAUGACCCCGAAACCGACAUUGUCUGGACCCUCAAACGGUCUGCACCUCCAUCUUUCAAUCAGCAAGCUUGAGCAAACCUUAGCAGACCAUUUCUUAGCCGGUGUGCUCAACCAUAUGGGCGCGCUUUGCGCCUUUGGAAUGGCAAACCACGACAGCUACGUUCACUCUACCGGCAAUGCUGCGGGAGCAUGGAUCGGAUUUGGCACUGACAAUCGCGACUCGCCGGUGCGUAAGAUCAGUGACCAGCAUUGGGAGUUUCGCAUGAUGGAUAGCACGGCAAAUCCCUACUUGUUCACCGCGGCUACUUUGCUUGCUGGUCUAGAUGGCCUUGAAUAUAAAGCAGAAUUGAUUUGGAAGGAUCGCAAAUUCUUCCCACAUUUGAUGGAGAGAGCUGCGAGAGACAAAUACGGUUUGGAACGAAGAAUGCCAGCCACAUUUAGGGAAGCGUUGGAGUGUUUAAAGGUGGAUGCUGGUGUGAAAAAUUGGUUUCCUCAAGUCUUGCUGGAAUGGUUCAUCUCGGUCAAGGAUAAAGACGCAGAAUAG